AUACAAGUGGAUUCAACCUGCUACAAUGUCUCCUACCUUUUCGACAUCGAGGCUCCAUUUAGAACUAAUAUCGUCAUCUCGAAACUUGGCAUUCUCAGAUCAACGAAUACACUUUUCUUCAGUUUCGAACCAAAAAUAGAAGACAAAGAAUACUCUAAAGUUGGAUUCAUCAACUUGGAUAAUCCUGUAAACGUCAGUGUUAUAUCUGGCGAAAAUCAGAUUAUGAAUUUCGGCACUUUCGAUCUGGAUCAAGAAAAUGCGUUAGUAUAUUUAGGAGGCAGCGAUGGUAUCUACGUACUAGACACAAAGGUGAACAGAGUAGCGCCGUACAGUUCGAGAGGCGAUUUAAUUAUAAGUUUAUUCUAUAAAGACUAUGUAUACUUCAUACGAUACGGGGAAUUCAAAAUUGUUAGGAAGAAAGGUGACAAUUUCGACUUAUGGUUCGACAGGAUGUUAGUUAAGAAUUUCGUAAUUACCAAAAGCGGUGCGACCGUGAUUCUUGGUUCUUACGGUCUUUUCGUGGUUGGGAAGAAUGAAAUGGUAUGGUUAUCGAAAAAUUCAUAUUUUAGAGGUUUAACAAUUGAUUUGGAUGAUAAUGUUUACACUUGGUGGAUUGAUGGUAUAUUCAAAGUUAUAAUUGCACCGAAAUUACCAGAGUCAACGAUGAUACGAAUAGCACAAAUUCCUAAAAUUGGUGCAUUGACUUUUGAUAAUAAUAAUAAUUUUCUAUUUACAGUCGGGAAAAGUUUGUUUCGAUUGUCUAAAACUAACAACAACACAGUUUGUUGAUUAAGUGUAACCAAUAAU